AUGGUCAUUGAGAACCAGAACCGCCAGUACGGCGGCAUGGGAGGCUUCGACCAUGUGUACCAGAACAACAUGCACCACCACACCCAGACCCCCCAGUUCACAGAUCCCUGGGCAGCGCACACUUCCUCCCACUCGACUCCCCCCGUCUAUUCUACUGCUUCCAUGGGUAUGAACGCUGUCAAACACGACGACGUAAACAGACCAACAGCCAUCUCGAUGCCCUACUCGAGCAUUCCCGUGUCUGCUCCAUCGCUGGUGGCCGGCACCAGCUACCCAACAUCGGGAUACACUGGAUCAGAGAUGUUGAACAUGCACCAUGAAAUUCCUCGCUCGACCUUUGAUGCUGCACCUUCCUACACCGCAGCUGCUCCCAUCAACAGCUUCACACCCGCCAACUAUGCACCCAUGGCAUAUUCAGGAUUGGCCACUCAACAAGAUGCUCGCCGCAUGUCUGAAGCGAGAAUGUCUCAACCUGCUUCAUACAGCGAUGCAAUAGAUGCCAGUCGCGGAAUGGUCGCGCUUAGCCAGGAUCUUACUCCCAGGAACAUAUACGCUCCUCGCAGCUCCCGCGGAUCAGCAGAUUCUUAUGGCUUCCCUUCGACACACUCAUCGGUCUCUUCGAUGUCCUCUAGCAACUAUCCAUACUACAGUGCAUCAGUCGCGUCAGUGGAUUCGUCCGUCACAGAUUAUAGCUCGACCUCGGAGCAAUACGAUGGCAUGCCAUCGCGAACACUUCCUCGACCAAGCGGUCUUUUGGGCGGUGCGACGCCUGGAGGUCCCCAGUCGAUGAUGGGUCAGUUCAGUUCUAAGAUGCCUUCCAAUGCGCAAAAGAAGCACAAAUGCAAAGUGUGCGAUAAGCGUUUUACGCGUCCAUCGUCUCUUCAAACGCACAUGUACAGUCAUACCGGCGAGAAGCCCUACGCAUGUGAUGUCGAAGGCUGUGGUCGUCAUUUCUCCGUCGUGUCCAACCUGCGACGCCACAAAAAGGUCCACAAAGGAGAAAAGGAAACCGGCUCCGGCGAGGACGAAGACUAG